AUUUUUCUUGACUCACUUUCAUUUUCACUUUUUACUUUCACUUUCUGUAUUUUCAGUUUGUCAUCUCAACGUCGCCGAUUGGUCUUGUGAUUGAUCAUUCAAACAUGGCAGCCUAUCGAGUCGAGCCUGCAUUUUGCCGCGGGGAACACACCUUAAGAGUUCCUGCUGAACUAUUCACGGAGAACAGAAAACGUCUGGCUGAAAGACUGAGAGCCACCAACAAAGUUCCAGCAGGGGCAUAUGUACUCCUCCAGGGUGGGGAAUCAGAAACCAGGCACUGUUCAGAUCAUGAACCCAUUUUUAGACAGGAGUCGUACUUUCACUGGGCGUUUGGGGUGGAGGAACCUGAUUUUUAUGGUGCCAUUGAGGUAGACACCGGGAGAGGAAUUCUCUUCCCACCUAAACUUCCUGACGCCUAUGCUGUCUGGAUGGGAAAGUUGCUGGAUGUAAAAGACUUUCAGGUCCGAUAUGGUGUGGAUGAAGCAUUUUGGGCAGAGGAUUUAGACAAGGUAUUCAAAGAGAAGAAGGCAUCCCUUCUCCUGACGUUAAGAGGCUUAAAUACAGACAGUGGGAAUUACUGCAGAGAGGCAGCUUUUGAUGGAAUCAGUGAAUUCAAAGUCGACAAUGCAAUUUUACAUCCGGAAAUUUCUGAAUGCAGAGUGUUUAAGACGGAUCUGGAGCUAGAAGUAAUGAGAUUUUCUAACAAGAUAAGCAGUGAUGCUCACAAAGAGGUUAUGCAGUGUGUCAGACCAGGGAUGUACGAGUACCAGAUGGAGAGCAUUUUCAAACACUACUGUCAGUUCAAUGGUGGAGUCAGACUUAUGGCUUACACAUGCAUCUGUGGCAGUGGAGAUAAUGGAUCCGUCCUUCAUUAUGGACAUGCAGGUGCCCCGAACUCCAAACAAGUACAGGAUGGAGACAUGUGUCUUUUAGACAUGGGUGGAGAGUAUUACUGCUAUGCCUCGGACAUCACCUGCUCUUACCCAGCCAAUGGGAAGUUCACAGAUAAACAGCGAGGAAUUUACGAGGCUGUAUACAAAUCUAGCAGGGCAGUGAUGAAAGCCCUUAAACCCGGUGUGUCUUGGGUGGAUAUGCACCUGCUUGCUGACAGAGUCCACUUGGAGGAGCUGAAGAAAUUGGGGCUCCUAAAGGGGGAUGUGGAGGAGAUGAUGAAAGUGCGUCUAGGGGCUGUGUUCAUGCCCCAUGGUCUGGGGCACUUCAUGGGGAUCGACACCCACGAUGUAGGCGGAUACCCAGAGGGUGUAGAGAGAAGUGACAAACCCGGACUGAAGUCGCUGCGGACAGCCAGGGAGGUGAAACCACGGAUGGUGCUGACCAUAGAACCAGGGGUCUACUUCAUAGAUGUGCUGCUGGAUGCUGCACUGAGAGAUCCACAGCAGUCCCAGUUUAUGUGCCGUGAGGUCAUUGACCAGUAUCGAGGAUUCGGAGGGGUUCGUAUUGAGGAUGACAUCGCAGUGACGGAUGACGGAAUGGAACUACUGACCUGUGUACCACGGACCGUGGAGGAAAUCGAGGCGUGGAUGGCCGAAGGAAGACAGCGCCCACAAGUGCCUCUUCCCCAGGAGUGUGUCAAAUCAGGAUAAUUCAUCUGACUUUUCUCCGCUUAGAGUCACAACGAACAGAUUUUUGAACUUUUUGGACAGAUUGGGUAUAUAUUCUGUUAAAUAUUAUUCCACUUUUGAAAGGGAAGGAUUCUUAUGUUUAAUGUGAUUAAAUUAACUCUUCAUUGUACAUACAACAAUAUAUCAUGAUUCUUUGAUUUUUUUUUUUAAUAUUUGUUUAGUUACUACAAUUCUGCACAUAAAUAUUUUGUUCAUUCAAUUAUCCAGUUUCAUGCUGUAGAAAAAUUACUUAGUAUUACUAUUGAAAGUAUUACUAAACAUCAGCUGCAUUAUGUUGCUCAGGAAAAAGUACUAAAAUAUAUGACACCUUACUGUCAUAUGUACUGAUCAUAAAAUAGGACAAGUUGUGUUUCGGUAAUUUUUCUGUGAUUAAUCAUUAUCCGAUGACCAAGUUGUUGUAUAUCCCAUGUGUAUGCCUUUUAUUUUUCUGUAAGUGCCAUAUAUAUUAUAUCCAGAGGACUCGUUACUCUUAAUGAUUAUUGCAUGUAUUACUUAAACAAAAAUCGAAUGAGAAAUAUAUAUCAUAAUAUAUUAGAACAAAUUUGUGUUGGUUGUAUCAUGGGGUCACAUCAUAUGUCUCAAUAAAAUUAGAAAACAAUUUACAUUAAAGACAAUUUGUAACUAUC